AAGACCAAGGGCAGAGAGCUGGAAUAGUACUGGAAGGUGUGUAAAUUUUGGGGAAGGAAGGCUCGUUAUUUGGUGAUUUCUGGGCCUCCGAGCUGAAUUUCAAUUUUGGGGGUACAAAUCUUUUUUUUGGUAUUUUGGUAUAUUCUCCAUCGUUUGACCUAUCUGUACUGUUUUAUGAUGCUCGACAUGAUUAUCUGUCUUCUUUUCAGUAUCUCUCUCUUCUUCAGUGUUUUUUUUGUUGGUUUUCUCAAUGUUAACCUCCCGAAGAUGAAUUCAGAUGAGCUAUAAACAGAAUGCAUUUGAAUUGUAGUUCUCCCAAUGGGAGAUUAAUAAUACAUUCCCGAAGGGCCCGCUAUCGUGGAACUACUAGUUUUCGUAGCCCAGAAUUCUUGGAAAUGUGCUUUCGCAACAAUUUUUUGAUUUUGGGAAUUGGGUUCAUUGCAGCCAAUAAUCAAAUGAAAAAAUCACCACUUCAGUGUUCGCUACGUAAUUUCAAUUAUUUAAACACAAUUUUCGGUGUGAAGAGCUUCUUUCUAGGAUUUUGCAACUCUACACUUUUUCUGAAUCCCUUGGAUAUUUGGAUAUUUGGAUCAACUCCCUUACGUGUAUACUUGGAAGUAAUAGGUUUGACUUCAACGAUUUGUGUUUGGCCAUGUUCGACCUGAUUAUAUUCACAGAUCCUUACUCUAUUCAAGGAU